AUGAAGGUCUGCAACCUGAAUCAGGACUUUUACAAGGUGAUCCAAGAAGACCGAAUUCCGCAGCACCACAUCUUCAUGACGAACCCACCAUACUCCUCAGAUCACGUACCGCGGUGCCUAGAGUUCUGCAGAAAGUCGAUGAAGCCUUGCCUCCUGCUGCUUCCAAACUGGGUGGCGAAGAAGCCGUACUUCUUCGAAAUGUUCCAGCAGCGGAUGGAGGACAUAUUCUUCAUAGCUCCGGUGCAAAGAUACACUUACAUCAUGCCUCCCGAUCUGGUGCCGGAGUCUCGCAAGCCAGCUUGGGUGGGGGAGGAUGGCAAGACAUCACCGUUCCAGUCAUCAUGGUACGUCAUCGUACCACCAGAACUUGGACCGGCGAAGAUUUACGACCGGUUGGAGUCUGAUAUGAAAAAGACAGGGCCGUUUGACUGUGUCUUGGCCAGGAAGCUGCAGGCAGUGAAGUGGAAGCUGAAGAAAGUUGGGUCUCGUGAAAUGCCCAAGCCCAUGGAUCAUUGGAGUCGCGCGGCCAGCUUGAUGUCGCGUGAUAUGCAAAGGAAGAGCGGACGGAAGUUGCCCAGCAUAGGCGGUUGGUUGCUGCUUCUGCAGAGUCUUUUUGCGAAUGUUGGCGCAGGAUGUGAGUACUUGAAAAAUCUAAGGCCCAUCAGGCAGGAAAGCAAGGUGCCGGUGCAGCCACCGAGCUUUCAGUCAGAUGGCUUCAGUGAGCAGGUUACCGAGCUCCUGGAAUUAAUCACGCCGUCGGAGGCAUCAGAGCGAGUUGCAAAAGAGCUUGCGGCCUACACUGAAUCGAUAAUACAAGAAAUGCUCCCUGGAGCUUUGGUGGAAGGUUUCGCCAAUGCCGACAUAUUGCGAGGCACCGCCUUCGGGGUAGCUGUCCCCGAGAUUGACUUGGUUGUAAAUGCUGAUCCAGAGUGUCUGGAACGGCAGCUGCAAGGUCGGCUUGCCAAAGGAGGAGUUCACAAAACUCGUAUGGAUGCACGGAAAAUGCAGAAGUCCGCUAUCCGGGCAUGUACAGAUCUUCUCGUAGCUGCUGGCGGCUUCAAGUUCCGCCGAUCUGCUUUCCGCUGCGAGGAACCGAAGGUUACACUAAUGGGACCAUCCACCAUGAGUGUCUCUGGCCAAGGCAUCCCAGUUGAUUUCUCUGUCAACUGUGCCACUCCAGGCUGCCACGCUGCGCUGGUGUCAGCAUGUGGAGGGAUGGAUGCCCGCUCCAGGGGGCUGAUUCUUCUUGUCAGGCGAUGGUCAAAAGACCGUGGGGUGUGCCACGUGGCUCGAGGCCAUCUGUCACCCUAUGGAUGGACUCUUCUGGCAAUCUUCUACUUGCAGGCGCUGUCCUGA